UUUAUUGUCCAUAGUCGACUGUUUACAAUAGGUGGGGGCGAUGAGCUUGGCUCUCAUCCAGGGCUAUUCCUCCGCGGAAGAAGAAGAAAAUGAUAGAUUUUCGCAAAAUUCAUCGGAAGAAGACGACCAAAACGACGUCGCUUACGCCCCUUUGAGUCGUCCGAUUGGAGACAAACCCUCGUUCGAUUUCCCCACAGCCUCCUCCGGAUCUGCUCUUCCUUCUGCAUUCGAUGCAUUCUCCGAAAUUUCAGGACCGCCGGAUUUCCUGAACAAUUGUGUCCAAGAGCAGGCUUCAGCUGAAGAUGUAGAAAGGCAGCGACGGCGGCAUGGUGGCUGGAAAAACCGUUCUGAGAAGGAAUUACCCGCCGGUGCUGUUGUGAAAUCCAAAGCCCAGCUAGUCGGAAUCCAUGAGAGAGUGAGAAGUGAUAUUGAGGGUAACCUUGCUCCAAAAUCAUCAGUUCAACCUCCAAAGGGUUCUUUGAGCACAACACAAGGGGAAGGGAAGCGGGUGGCAACUGCUGCUAAUCCUAAUGCAGAAGAUGCUGCUGAACUUCUGAGGAUGUGUAUGCAGUGUGGAAUACCCAAGACAUACUCCAGUGCACGAGGAAUGGUCUGCCCACAAUGUGGGGAUCGCCCACUUGAAGAUGCAAAUAAAGAGACUGACAAGAAGAAGGGAUCAACCAUCAAAGAAAAGGAGAAGAACAAGAGGAUGAAGGGGCAGUCAUCUCAUGCUUCUUGGAAAAGUGAGACAGAGAUGCAUCUCCGGCAGCAGUAUGAUUAGCAGCAGAACCUAAAAGAGUAAGCUGGAUCAUGUAACAUGUUUUAGGAAUUUAGAAAUAGGAUUGGCAGAAUCACCCAUGUAGCUGAGUUGAAUUAGCAGAACCCAAGUGCCCUAGGCACAUAUGUAAUGUCUUUUAACGUUGUUGCCUUCUUUGUGUGGAUUUUACUAAAAUCUAAACUGGUGCUUUUUGUUGUUUUUUUUUUAAUCAUAGAUCAACACUGAUGUACAAUCAAAUUUUAGACAUUGCUGCAGUUGAAGUUACCUUGCUUGAUGA